AUGGCGUCGAAAUUUUUGGCACUCCUGUUUGUACUUCCGGUAAUCUACGCCAAGAUUGAAGUCAAUGUUGUCGCUUCAGACAACGAGGCAGAACGCCUUGUGGAACUUUCUGGAAGCAAUGUGGACAUCAUCAGCGACACCGAAAGAAACACUUUCCAACUCAGCGACAACAACUUGAAGAACGCCGUCAGGUCCUACUUCGGAAAGCGCCCUGACGAUGCCUACGUCAAGAGCCCAACACCCUGGGGCGAUCUCUACCAGACAUACGGCUGGCCCCAAGUCGCCCGAUCCUUGGCUCCUCAGAGAGCAAAGGUCCUACAGGUCACCUCGAACCCAAGCAUCGUAUUGACGCAACACUUCGAGAACAACAGUACCACAUCUGCUACAUUCAAGGCCCAAAUUAAACAGGAAGUUCAGAACACUGUCACUUCCACUUGGGAAAAGGGAGGUGAGUUGACCGUCGGCCAGGAAAUCGAGUACGGCUUCGACAUUAAAGUUGUAUCCGUCGGUGGCAAGACCUCAUUCUCUUACACAUCCAAAUGGGGAGAGAGCGUGUCCAAAUCAGAAACAGUGACCGUAGGAUCCGAAUCAGGCGUUGAAAUAACCCUGGAGCCUGGCCAGAGAGUGGUAGCUGAGCUAUUCGCCACCCGAGGCACCAUGCAGAUCCAGGUAGACUAUGAGGGAACUCUCUCCGGUUCUACUGCCGUCAACUACGCUGACACUUACAAGGGCCACCACUUCUGGGCUCUGGACAUCAACGCAGUGAUGCGAGCUGAUAACCUGAACACCUCAGCACAGUCCCGGGAAGUAAUCAAUCUAGGAUACUACUCCAGCUCUAAAGUUGUGAUCAGAGACGCCAAGUCUAACGCUAUACUGUACUCUUUACCCAUGAGCAUUUUCUAA